AUGAACGCCACUGCACAACCAGAGGGGAGCUCACAGGCUAUGAAUGGACGCUCGGAUACCACAGAUGCUGUGGAAGAUGGGAAAGCGACAAAAAAGUCCUACUCAAAUAAUGCAUGGCUACAGAGCCGGCCGGCUAGACAAGUUCGCAUGCUGUGCGAGUAUCUAGAGGUUCGGGAUCGGCUAAGACAGCACCGCAUCCUGGCAACCUUCCUCGUUAUCGGCACAGCGCGGGCUCUUACCCACGACCAGUGGAACAAACGAAUGAAUGCAGCAAUGACCCUCCUCAGGCGUUUGGAGAACGACAGAAAGGAAUCCGACGGUGCGCCCGUGAGCGAUCCUGAGGAGGUUCUUGCCGUGGAACAGGAGAUUUCACAUCUCCGUCGUCUCGAAUGGCUUUGUUCGUUUUCCGAGAAGGUCACUAGGCUAACACGCAGACUGGCGGAGUGGGUGCUAACGGACGAAGCAAGGGCUGCCGGCAAAAAGAUCCUUGACGAGUUUCCGACACCAUUAGACAAUGCUGAAGAGUGGGGCCCCGAAUCAGGCUCCCAGAGUCAGCAACUUGUCUACUGCCCCGUAGCCAUUUGCACGGGGGGGGGUCCAGGGUUGAUGGAGGCAGCGAACAAGGGUGCGUCUGAGGUCCCGGGCGCUCGGACUAUUGGCAUGGGAAUAAGUCUUCCAUUUGAAAAUGGAUUGAAUCAAUACGUAACGAAGGAACUGGGCUUUGAAUUUCAGUAUCUCUUUGCGCGCAAGUUCUGGAUGGUCAACACUGCUCUCGGGGUCAUCGCUGCGCCAGGAGGAUUUGGAACGCUAGACGAACUCAUGGAGGUGAUCGCACUGAAACAGACGAACAAACUGAAACGAGAUAUCCCUAUUGUGUUACUCGGAAAAACAUACUGGACGAGUAUCAUCAACUUCGACAAAAUGGUGGAGUUUGGAACAAUCAAUAAGAAGGAUUGUGACCAACUAUUUCUCACAGACGACGAAGAUGUGGCCUUCGAGUACAUUAGAAGCUUCCUCCUGGGAGACAAGGCGACAAGCGGAGAAGGCUACACCCAGAAGUCUCUGGCGAGAAGACACCGAGAGUAA